AUGAAUGGUAAUUUUGAAAUUUUGAAAUAUGCACAUGAAAACGGAUGUCCAUGGGAUUAUGACACAACUAGAGCUUCUGCAGCAAGUGGUUGUUUAGACUGUUUAAUGUAUGCUCAUGAAAAGGAGUGUCCAUGGCAUGAAGAAACAUUAAAUACAGCUGCCGCACAUGGUAAUUUAGAUUGUUUAAAAUAUGCAUAUGAACAUGGAUAUAAUUGGACUGAAGGUACGAUGAGAGGCGCUGCUGCCAAUCGACAAUUAAAAUGUAUCAAAUAUGCCUAUGAAAAUGGUUGUAAAUGGAAUGUUGGUACAACAAGGGAAGCUGUCGCAAGUGGUUGCAUUGAUUGUCUGAAAUUUGCUCAUAAAAAUGAAUGUAAUUGGGAUGAAGGUACUAUAGUUACAGCUGCCACACGCGGAAAUUUAAGUUGCUUAAUAUAUGCCCACGAAAAUGGAUGUAAAUGGGAUGAAGGCACCACAAGACUUGCUGCUGCAAAUGGUCAGUUUCGUUGUUUAAAAUACGCCCAUGAACAUAAUUGUCCAUGGAGUAUAAAUACCAUUUAUGAAGCUACUCAAAGAGGUUUUUUUGUGAUAAUCGACUAUGCUAACGAAAAUGGCUGUAUUAGUUAG